CUCUCUUUGUAACAAAACAUUUCGAUACAUUUGUAUUACUCUUUGUGGCUACAUUACACUAAUAUUCUUCUUCUUCUUCUUCUUCUUGGUUUUUUCUUCAAUAACGUAACGUGUCAACUUACACUAACUGUGUGUGUGUGUGAUUCACUUUGGACGGAAGCUCCAUGGAUCCAACACGAGCUUUUGUCAAGAGUGUUAAACGUGUUGUUGUUAAGGUUGGAACAGCUGUGGUUACAAGAAGUGAUGGAAGAUUAGCAUUGGGAAGACUUGGAGCUCUUUGUGAACAGCUUAAAGAGCUAAAUACAAGAGGAUAUGAAGUCAUACUGGUGACUUCAGGAGCAGUUGGUCUUGGCAGGCAAAGACUAAGAUAUCGCCGAUUGGCCAAUAGCAGCUUUUCUGAUCUUCAAAAUCCACAAUAUGAACUUGAUGGGAAAGCAUGCGCAGCUGUUGGGCAGAGCAGUCUCAUGGCUCUCUAUGAUAUCAUGUUUAGUCAGCUUGAUGUGACUUCAUCACAACUUCUUGUGAAUGAUGGAUUUUUUCGGGAUGCAGAUUUCAGAAAACAACUAACUGACACUGUGCACUCGUUAUUAGAGUUAAGGGUCAUCCCCAUUUUCAAUGAAAAUGAUGCUGUGAGUACUAGGAAGGCACCAUAUGAGCUUCUGCAGGAUUCAUCCGGUAUCUUCUGGGAUAAUGAUAGUUUGGCUGGUCUAUUGGCUUUGGAACUCAAAGCUGACCUUCUUGUUUUACUGAGUGAUGUUGAGGGCCUUUAUAAUGGUCCACCAUCUGACCCAAAAUCGAAGUUAAUUCACACAUAUGUCAGAGAAAAACAUCAAACAGAAAUUACUUUUGGAGACAAGUCAAGAUUGGGCAGAGGGGGUAUGACUGCUAAGGUUAAUGCUGCUGUUUGUGCUGCUUAUUCAGGCACACCUGUGAUUAUCACCAGUGGCUAUCCUAAUGACAACAUCAUGCGAGUGCUUCAAGGAGAAAGAAUUGGUACUGUAUUCCAUAAGGAUGCUCACUUGUGGACCAGCAUAAAGGAAAUAACUGCACAUGAAAUGGCAGUUGCAGCACGCGACAGCUCUAGGAAGCUUCAGAUUCUAAAUUCUGAACAAAGGAAGAAAAUAUUGUUGGAUGUGGCUGCUGCUAUAGAGAAAAAUGAAAGUGAGAUCAGGCUUGAGAAUGCUUCUGAUGUUGCUGAUGCAGAGGAGGCUGGAUAUGAGAGAUCACUGAUAUCGCGUUUGACACUGAGACCUGAGAAGAUUGCUAGUCUUGUAAAGUCUGUUCGCAAGCUGGCAGAAAUGGAUGAACCCAUUGGUCAGAUUUUGAAGAGAACUGAGAUAGCAGAUAAACUCGUUCUGGAGAAAAUAUCAUGUCCCUUGGGUGUACUUCUAGUUAUAUUCGAGUCUCGACCUGAUGCUCUUGUUCAGAUAGCUGCAUUGGCAAUUCGAAGUGGAAAUGGUUUAUUGCUCAAAGGAGGAAAGGAAGCCAAAAGAUCUAAUGCAGUCUUACACAAGAUUAUUACUUCAGCUAUACCAGAUACAGUUGGUGGCAAACUUAUUGGCCUUGUGACUUCAAGGGAAGCAAUUCCUGAUCUACUCAAGCUUGAUGACGUGAUAGAUCUUGUGGUCCCUCGAGGCAGUAAUAAGCUUGUUUCUCAAAUCAAGGAUUCUACAAAGAUUCCUGUUCUCGGUCAUGCUGAUGGAAUAUGUCAUGUAUACAUUGACAAAGCAGCUAAUAUCAAUGUGGCAAAGAAGAUUGUUAAGGAUGCAAAGACUGAUUAUCCUGCAGCCUGCAAUGCAAUGGAAACCCUUCUUGUUCACAAAGAUCUAGCAGGAAAUGGUGGACUGAAUGAACUUGUUGCUGAACUCCAAAAACAAGGUGUUCAACUAUAUGGUGGACCAAAAGCUAGUGUCUUAUUAAAAAUUUCUGAAGCAAAAUCUUUCCAUCUGGAGUAUAGUUCACUGGCUUGUACAAUUGAGAUUGUCGAUGAUGUAUUUGCUGCGAUUGACCACAUACAUGAAUAUGGAAGUUCUCAUACUGAUUGCAUCGUUACAGAAGAUAGUAAAGUUGCUGAAACUUUCUUACAUCAAGUUGACAGUGCUGCCGUAUUUCACAAUGCAAGUACAAGGUUUUGCGAUGGGGCACGCUUUGGGCUUGGUGCAGAGGUUGGAAUAAGCACAAGUAGAAUUCAUGCCAGAGGUCCGGUAGGAGUCGAGGGCUUGUUAACAAAUAGAUGGGUAUUGAGAGGGAACGGCCAAGUGGUAGAUGGCGAUCGAAGUAUGAUUUAUACACACAAGGAUCUGCAAGUAAAAGCAUAAUGGCUAUGCAAUGAGUUGAAUCAGAGAUUUAUUUUGCACACUAUUGGAUCAUAUCGCUGUUAAUCUCAUCAAACAUGCAGCUAUUUUCUAUUCUGUUUCAAUAUACAGAAGUAUGCUGGAACUAUAGAAUCUCAAAUACUACCAUUGCCUCAUUCCAGAUUUAUUUUUUCUUACCUGGAACAUGUUCAGGGGAAAGAAAAUUACUGUUUGAUGAAUAUUAUUUUCUGUGUACUAAGUUUCUCUUUGAUAAGUUACUGCUUAUGAUUUGUGGAACAAUAAUGCAGUGAAGCAGUGACAAAUAUGGAAAGCACAUGCCAUUAUUGACAUUACAUCUUUGUGUAGUUGAAUAAUUUAUACACUUAUUAUUCUUCUAUAUAAUUUAGCUUGUGUUAAUGUUUA